ACGCAGUAGUAUUGGAGAAAAGCUAGUUUGUUAAGCCGACGGUUACAUUCAUCUUUUUCUUUUCAGAAAAGCAACCUCCAAGGCUGGACAGGCUUCGAAGCGUCUUGUACUGAUCGUAUAUAUUUAUGGAUGGAAUGUGCGGUUUCCGUUCGUCGGGAGACUAUUCGGAGAAAGCCUCGAUGAUGAUGCCUUCCGAUUACCAGUCCCUUCUUUGUUCAUCCGCCGGAGACAACAACAAUCGCGUCUCCGGCGUUUUUGGAUCGGACGAACUCCUAUCAGCGGCAGCUUCCGCCUUGUCUUCGUCGGCGGAGAUGGCGCCGCGUAUUCGAAGAGCUGAGGAUAAUUUCAUCAAGUCCAAAAUCGCUUCUCAUCCUUUGUAUCCUCGCUUGCUCCAAACCUACAUCGACUGCCAAAAGGUGGGAGCUCCUCUGGAGAUAGCGUGUUAUCUGGAAGAAAUUCAGCGAGAGAGCCAUGUGUACAAGCGAGGUGUUUCUCCGUUUUCUUGCUUUGGAGCUGAUCCUGAGCUUGACGAAUUCAUGGAAACGUACUGCGAUAUAUUGGUUAAAUACAAGUCCGAUCUCGCGAGGCCGUUCGAUGAGGCUACUACUUUCUUGAACAAAAUCGAAAUGCAGCUCCAGAAUCUCUGCACUGGUCCCGCAUCUGCUAGACGUCUUUCAGAUGAUGGUGCGGUUUCAUCUGACGAGGAACUGAGAGAAGGUGAUGACGUAGCAACGCAGGACGGCCAACAAAGAAGCAAUGACCGGGAUCUCAAGGACCAGCUGCUGCGUAAAUUCGGUAGCCAUAUCAGUUCAUUGAAACUCGAGUUCUCAAAGAAGAAGAAGAAAGGGAAGCUACCAAGGGAAGCAAGACAAGCACUGCUCGAUUGGUGGAAUGUUCAUUAUAAAUGGCCUUACCCCACUGAAGCCGACAAAAUAGCUCUGGCUGAAGAAACGGGUCUGGAUCAGAAACAAAUCAACAAUUGGUUUAUAAACCAAAGGAAACGCCAUUGGAAACCUUCUGAGAACAUGCCGUUUGCUAUGAUGGACGAUUCUAGUGAAACAUUCUUUACCGAGGAAUGAAAAAAAGAAACUACGAGGCAUAUAUAAUGCGUUGUAUAAUUUGACAUUGUUUUGUACCAAAGAAAGCAAAAAAAGAAAAAAGACAAAAAACUUUGGUAAAUGGGGGCGUCAUGGCAAAUGAAUGGAACUCCUAGGCCAAAAGGAAAAGAAAAAAAAAGGUUACAUGUACGGAGGAGGGCUUAACGA